CAAAACGAACUAUCAGUAAGGAGGUCGUCACUUCCUGUCAUUCCUGCCAACGGAAGCAGUUAAUUGAGCAAAAUGGCAACCCCCUAUGUUGAAGAUCAAUCUGGGAAAUACAUUGCUGCUACACAGCGACCUGAUGGAACUUGGAGGAAGCCUCGUAGAGUGAAGGAUGGUUAUACCCCUCAGGAAGAGGUCCCUGUCUACGAGAAUAAAUUUGUGAAGUUCUUCAAGGACAAGCCUGACCUGCCACCAGGUAUGAGCCCCGGGGAUGCGGCCCAGGCAAGGCAGCAGCAGGGGAUCCCAGGCAUUGCAGAGAAUGAGACAGCUGGGCUCUCCAAGACAGCCAAGCGAAACAUGAAACGCAAGGAAAAGCGCAAGCAGCAAGGCCCGGAUAGCAAUGUGGAAUCACUAACAAAUGCUGUUGAGAAUAUGGCGAUUGCAGAGGGCGGUGACAGUGUAACGCCUGCAUCUAAACCAGCUGGAGCUACUAAUGACCCUUCAUCUGCAACAGCAGAAAAGGCCAAGAAGAUGAAGAACAUAAAAAAGAAGCUGAGGCAGGUUGAGGAGCUGCAGCAGAAAAUGGACUCUGGGGAAAUCAAGCAAGCUACAAAAGAGCAGCAGGAGAAGCUUGGAAGGGCCAAGGCCUUACAGGACGAGUUGCUGCAGCUUGAAGAGGAUUCAUGAGAUUGAAAAUGUUGUAAAAAGGGCAGCAAACCAAUUGUGGAAGUUAGACUGUUUGAAAAUAACACCCAGUUCUAAAAGAAAUGGACAUUUACAGCUGCGUUGAUGAGCUUCCCUUGAACAUUUUCUGGAGAUUUGUUGUUAUCAGACAGCCAAUCAACAUGAACUAUGGCUUUGGAAUAUCCUGUGUACAUAAAUCCAACACUUCACGUGUUAUGUUGUUGACAAUAACUGAUCAUGCUUUUCCCACACUUUCUCCAAAACCAAUUACCGAACACUUCAUUUAAAAUGUACUUUUAAAACAAUUGAACUGAUUCCCUAUCCUUGGCUAUGAACUUAUUGGCCAUUCAAUCAUAGUUUUAAUAGCAUUUAUUUGUGUACUUAGUAUGUUUGUGCAUUUCGUAUCUUUUCUUUUUUUACAUUUAUCUGUCAAGAAUAGCAUAAAAUAUUAUUUAUUAGAGUUAGUUGCAUUAAAGAUACAGAAAUCCCCUAUUCAAGAGAAUACCGGUUUGUUGACCCAUCUCUGUGUACUGAAAUAAUACACAUUUUCCCAAUGAUUGGA